AUGGCCGACUGGGGCCUCCUCGACGAGAAAGCUGAAGCUGAGCUUCACAAAGCUCGCCUUCUUAAUAUCGAAGAAAAGCCAUUCAAGCGCUGCGUCCGCCGCCUAGCUACCAUCACAGACGUCGUCUCCUCCAACAUCCCCCUAAAGAACACCGAGCCAGCCGCCGACGCCAACGGCAAACCCAGCACGAAACCAGAUCUUCAGCUACUGAAGGAAGGCAUCACCAUUGACUUUGCCUCCUUCGACAGCUCCCUCCUCCGCUUCCAAUUCCUCCACGAUGCCAACGCGCGCGAGCGCGAGCGCUACAAGGCCGACCAGGAGCGGAUCCUGCUCGAGUGCCAGGCGGUAAGGGAGAAGAACACGGAGCUGCGGGUGGAGCUGGAGGGGGCGCGCGCGACGCUGGCGCAGCGCAAGGAAUUCGACGCGAUGGCGGAUAAGAUCACAUCCAACCGGCUUCUGCGGCCGCGUGAGGAUCAGCUGGCCAACCUGGCCAAGCUAGAAGAGGAGUGCAGGGAGCUGGAGCGCGAGAGCGAGACGUACAGCGCCACGUGGACGGAGCGGAGAGCACAGUUCAACAGGAUCAUCGAGGAAGGCAUGUUGCUGCGGCGGCAGAUUAGAGAUGAGAAGGAGGAGGUGGACAGACGCGAGGGUAUGAACGAAGGGGGCGAUGACGAGGUGUCUGGGCAGACGCCCCGACCAGAUCGAAGUCGCAGCCCGUCACCCACGGGCGAGGGCGCGGAACAGGCGAAGAGCAAUGCAGAAGGGGAGACACCACAACCUCCGGGCUCCAACGUCGGCACACCACUUCGUGACAGCCCAGCACCCUCUCACUUACAUCCUGGAGCUGGCUCACGGCGCAGUCAGUCUCAGGCUGGAAGUCGGGAUGUCACGCCACUGCCUCUGGAGGAAGGAGAAGACGAAGAAAUGGAGGAUCAGGAUCAGAAGGAUUCCAGAGAGGUUACGGAAGUUGAGACGCCCCGUAUUCAUAUCGAGGCCGCUGGGGAUAAGAUGGACGUGGACAAUUAG